GUUAGGAGGACAUGCCUAGCUCCCGGCUACCCAACUCCCGAUCCCCGCUCAGUGCCGAAGACGCUCGGCUAUCUCCGUCCUUUUCCGACGCGCCCCUUCCCUCCUCCUCUUCCCCCCGCUAGCCCGCCCGCCCUCGCUCCGUCUGCCUGACCCAGGAAUCUCAGCAGAGACUGAGGAGAGAGAGGGAGGGAAACGAAGGCAGGAGCCGCCGCCGCCGCCGCCGCGGGGGCUGGAAGAUGGCGGUUGGGAUGGGGAGGAGGAGGAGGAGGCGGCAGCAGCAGCAGGCACGGGGCUGUUGGAAAAGGCAACGAGGAUCUUCGCGCAGGCGAGGCUGAGGGAAACGCCGCCGCCGCCGCGUCCCCGGAAAGCUGCUCUCGCCGCCGCCGCCGCUGCUUGUUGCCGGUUCGCCUCCUCUCGACUCGCUGCUUCCCCGCCGGCGUGAGAUGGACGUCGGCGCCGCCUUGCUUCCCCAGCCGAGGGAGCCUCGUCGUCCUCGCCGGGGUUCGCGGCCGUCGCCUUGAGGUUCCGCCGCGGUCCUGAGGGGAGAGGCGGGCUCCGUCGCGCGCUGCCUGCGAGCGAGACUCGCUCUCGCUUCUCCACCCUCUGUCGCGAAGCGGCAGGGCGACCCCUGAGGGAGCUGGCUGGCUGCUGAGGGGGACGGGACACCCGGCGCUGCCUCCUCCUCCUUCGCCGUCAGGGAAGAUGUCGGAUACGAAGGUGAAAGUGGCCGUCAGAGUCCGGCCCAUGAACAGGAGAGAGCUGGAGCUGAAUACAAAGUGCAUUGUGGAGAUGGAAGGGAAUCAAACUGUGCUGCAUCCUCCACCUUCAAACAACAAGCAGGGAGAAAACAGAAAAUCACCUAAGGUGUUUGCCUUUGAUUACUGCUUCUGGUCUAUGGAUGAAUCAAACACUGCAAAAUAUGCAGGUCAACAAGUAGUGUUCAAGUGCCUUGGUGAAGGGAUUCUUGAGAAGGCCUUUCAGGGGUAUAAUGCUUGCAUUUUUGCCUAUGGACAAACAGGCUCCGGAAAAUCCUUCUCAAUGAUGGGCAAUGCAGAACAACUGGGUCUGAUCCCACGGCUCUGCUGUGCAUUAUUUCAAAGAAUCACUUCAGAAGAAAACGAUUCACACACUUUUAAAGUUGAAGUGUCCUAUAUGGAGAUCUAUAAUGAGAAGGUCAGAGAUUUACUGGACCCUAAAGGGAGUCGACAAUCCCUCAAAGUUCGUGAGCACAAAGUUUUAGGCCCAUAUGUAGAUGGUUUGUCUCAACUAGCUGUUACUAACUUUGAGGAUAUUGAAUCAUUGAUGUCAGAGGGAAACAAGUCCCGAACAGUUGCAGCAACCAACAUGAAUGAGGAAAGCAGCCGCUCCCAUGCUGUAUUUAAUAUUAUAGUAACUCAGACCCUUUAUGACCUGCAGUCUGGCAACUCUGGAGAGAAAGUGAGCAAAGUCAGCCUGGUAGAUUUGGCUGGUAGUGAAAGAGUAUCUAAAACAGGAGCAGCAGGAGAACGUCUGAAGGAAGGCAGCAAUAUAAACAAGUCACUCUCAACACUAGGUUUGGUUAUCUCAUCACUUGCAGACCAAGCAGCAGGAAAGGGGAAAAACAAAUUUGUGCCUUACAGAGACUCUGUACUCACCUGGCUUCUCAAGGACAACUUGGGAGGAAACAGCCAAACAGCUAUGAUAGCUACAAUUAGUCCAGCAGCUGAUAAUUAUGAAGAAACACUCUCCACACUGAGAUAUGCAGACAGAGCUAAAAGGAUAGUUAAUCAUGCUAUAGUAAAUGAAGAUCCAAAUGCCAGGGUAAUCCGAGAACUACGUGAAGAAGUAGAGAAACUAAAAGAACAACUUACUCAGGCAGAGGCUAUGAAGGCACCAGAGUUAAAGGAAAAAUUGGAGGAAUCUGAGAAACUAAUAAAAGAACUGACUGUCACUUGGGAGGAGAAGUUAAGGAAAACAGAAGAAAUUGCACAGGAGAGACAAAGACAACUAGAGAGUAUGGGCAUUUCCCUUGAAACUUCCGGCAUCAAGGUUGGGGAAGAUAAGUGCUACCUGGUGAAUCUAAAUGCAGACCCUGCACUCAAUGAAUUAUUGGUUUACUAUUUAAAGGAUCAUACUAGAGUUGGUGCAGAUACUUCUCAGGAUAUACAGCUAUUUGGGAUAGGGAUCCAACCAGAGCAUUGCGAGUUAGACAUUGCACCAGAUGGGGAAGUUUCUCUCUCACCAAAAGAAAAUGCAAGAUCCUGUGUAAAUGGCACGUUGGUGUGUUCUGUGACACAGUUGUGGCAUGGAGAUAGAAUCUUAUGGGGAAACAACCACUUCUUUAGAAUCAAUCUGCCUAAGAGAAAGCGAAGAGAUUGGUUGAAUGACUCUGAAAAAGAGCUGCAGUUAACAGAACAUGAUCUAGAUGCAGCCAGCGAAGCUUCUUCGGAACCAGACUAUAACUAUGAGUUUGCACAAAUGGAAGUCAUAAUGAAAACACUGAAUAGCAAUGAUCCAGUACAAAAUGUGGUCCAGGUCUUGGAGAAACAAUACUUGGAAGAAAAGCGUAGCGCUUUGGAAGAGCAGAGGAUGAUGUAUGAGCGUGAGCUGGAGCAACUCCGACAGCAGCUUUCUCCGGAAAGACGGUAUCAGCAUUCUAGUGACAGGCUUUCAGAAGCUGCCCAGACCGCUCAGCAGAAAGUGAACCUCUGGUCAGAAGAGAGGGAUGAGUUAUUUCGACAGAGCUUAGCAAAAUUAAGAGAGCAGAUAGUUAAGGCCAACACAUUAGUGAGGGAAGCAAAUUUAUUGGCUGAAGAAAUGAGCAAGCUAACAGAUUAUCAAGUGACACUGCAGAUUCCUGCUGCUAACCUGAGUGCCAAUAGGAAGAGAGGAGCAAUAGUAAGUGAACCAGCUAUUCAAGUAAGAAGAAAAGGGAAAAGUACUCAAGUAUGGACCAUAGAGAAGCUGGAAAACAAGUUAAUUGACAUGAGAGAUCUGUAUCAAGAAUGGAAGGAAAGAGCCCAUGAGAUGAAUAGACUCACUGGAAAAAGAGGUGAUCCUUUCUAUGAAGCACAAGAAAACCACAAUUUAAUUGGUGUAGCGAAUGUCUUUUUGGAGUGCCUUUUCUGUGAUGUUAAACUUCAGUAUGCAGUACCAAUAAUUAGCCAGCAGGGGGAGGUUGCAGGGCGUCUGCAUGUUGAAGUGAUGCGUGUCACUGGUGUUGUCCCAGAACGCGUAGUGGAAGGAGAUGAUUCUUCUGAAAACUCAAGUGAAAGUGGAAGCAUAGAAAUCAUGGACAACAAUGGAGAAAUUACUCACAGGCCAAAAAAACUCACCUGCAGGGUAAAAAUUAAAGAAGCAACAGGACUACCUUUGAAUCUCUCAAACUUUGUCUUUUGUCAAUACACCUUCUGGGAUCAGUGUGAGUCAACUGUUGCAGCACCAGUUGUAGACCCAGAUGUGCCUUCACCUCUGACCAAGGAUGUCCAGUUUACAGUGACUUUUGCUCAUUGUAAGGAUUAUGUGGUGAAUGUAACAGAAGAAUUUCUGGAGUUCAUUCAAGAUGGAGCACUUGCUAUUGAGGUAUGGGGUCACAGAUGUGCUGGAAACGGCAGUUCCAUAUGGGAGGUGGAUACUCUUCAUGCAAAAACCAGGACCUUGAGAGACAGGUGGAAUGAAGUGACACGUCAAAUAGAAAUGUGGGUUUCAAUUCAAGAACUGAAUGAACUAGGGGACUAUACAGCUGUGGAGCUCCACCAGGCAAAGGAUGUAAAUACAGGAGGGAUUUUCCAGCUUCGACAGGGUCAUUCUCGCAGAGUUCAGGUGAUGGUUAAACCAGUACAGCAUUCGGGAACAUUGCCACUUAUGGUAGAAGCCAUCCUAUCUGUCUCCAUUGGCUGUGUGACUGCCAGAUCAACCAAAUUGCAACGGGGGUUGGACAGUUACCAGAGAGGAGAUGAUGAUGAUGAUGGUGAUAUGGAUAGUUAUCAGGAGGAAGACUUAAAUUGUGUGAGAGAGAGGUGGUCAGAGGCACUAAUAAAACGCAGAGAAUAUCUAGAUGAACAGAUUAAAAAAAUCAGCAAUAAACAAGAUAAAACAGAAGAUGACAUGGAAAGAGAAGCACGUCUUGUAGAACAGUGGGUAGGGCUAACAGAAGAAAGAAAUGCUGUGCUCGUCCCAGCACCAGACAGUGGGAUCCCAGGUGCUCCUGCAAAUUGGAUCCCACCUUCUGGAAUGGAAACACAUAUACCUGUACUUUUCCUUGAUUUGAAUGCUGAUGACCUCAGUGCCAAUGAGCAGCUUAUAGGUCCACAUGCAUCAGGAGUAAAUUCAAUACUACCAAAAGAGCAUGGAAGUCAAUUCUUUUAUCUGCCAAUCAUAAAACACAGCAAAGAUGAGGUUUCAGCCACUGCCGCAUGGGACCCUUCUGUGCAUGAUUCAGUGCACUUGAAUAGGGUAACACCUCCAAAUGAGAGAAUCUAUUUGAUUGUGAAGAUUACAGUCCAACUCAGCCACCCUGCUGCAAUGGAACUUGUGUUACGUAAAAGAAUUGCUGCAAAUAUUUACAAUAAACAGAGUUUUACCCAGAGUCUCAAACGAAGAAUAUCUUUGAAGAAUAUAUGGUAUGCUUGUGGUGUGGCCUAUGAAAUAGUUUCAAAUAUACCAAAGGCCACAGAAGAAAUUGAAGAUCGGGAGACACUGGCUCUGAUGGCAGCCAGAAAUGAAAAUGAGGGUGCAUCUGAUGGUGAAACUUACAUUGAGAAGUAUACUCGUGGAGUGUUGCAAGUAGAAAACAUUUUGAGUCUUGAACGAUUAAGACAGGCAGUCACAGUCAAAGAGGCUAUUUCUACUAAGACUCGACACAUGCAGCGGAGUGUCAGUACACCAAACGUCCACAAUGUAUCCUGUACUCGAUUAGAUAUUUCUGGCUGUGAUGAAGAUAAGGGUUGGUCAGAAGGUCAUCUAGAUGUAUUAGAUUGUUCUUCCAGUUAUCAAGAUGUAUCAUGUUAUGGUACUUUACCCAGAGAUUCUCCUCGCAGAAGUAAAGAUGCUAGUGGUUAUGUAUCAGAGAAUCCACAUGCAUCAACUGUCAGCCCAUUUAAAGCAUUUUCUCCACAGCCACCCAAGUUUUUCAAACCUUUAAUGCCAGUAAAAGAAGAGCAUAAAAAGAUCUCCUUUGAAAGUCGGCCUCUACUUAGUAAAGAGAGCAUGCCAUCAUCUCAGGUACAUAGCGCUGGUUGUGUUGUGCCCUCAGGAAGUAAUGCCAGUAGCAUGCCAGUAGAACACAAUAACAUACAUGAAGAAAAUAUUCAGGACUCUGAGGAUGACGACGAGUUGGAGGCUAUUAACAAGAAGCCUUAUGUGCCCGAAGAAUUUGCUGACUUCAGUGUCUACAAUGCUAGCUUGGAAAACAGGGAAUGGUUAUCCUCUAAAGGAGACUUUGUAAACUCCCGUGUUGUUGAAAAAGAAGUAUCUCGUAGUCCUACCACUAGUAGUAUUACUAGUGGCUACUUUUCCCACAGUGCCUCUAAUGCUACUUUGUCUGAUAUGCUUGUUCCCUGUAGUGAUAGCACAGAUCAAUUAGCCAAUCAGAUGAGGGAUUUGGAUUCUAAUGACCAUUCUGUAGCCCAUCUAACUCACGAUUUAAGACCUUCAAACAAGGAGACUUCAGAACCAGAAAGAGACUUGGCAAAAUAUAAGGUGCUCAUGUCACCAGUUAAAGAAAAUAGUACCUUAGCAGCAGAGAUUCCAAUGUAUGAAAGUACUACUACCAUUCCCACACAGUUACAGUGCACAGGUUUGCAUUCCUCAGCUAAUAAAAACACACCACAUGGGAUUGAAUUUCCAUUUCGAGAAGCAACAGUUGAACACACUUCAAAUGUUUUUGAGGAUCACGCAUUUACAGAAUUCAUGGGUGCUGAAGAUGGAAAGGAACUUGAAUGUUCUGUAGAUCCACAGUUCUGUUCCAUAGGCUCUUCUAGUCAAAAGAAAAAGGUCUCAACAGCUGGAAUGAAUUGUGCCUCAGGUUUCUCAGAUAAUAUUUACAACCAGGACAAUCCUUUGAGGCAUUUGCAAUCUGCACCAGUCGGAUAUCAGCGGUCAAACAGUACUGAAAAUCCUUCAUUGUCUGUCAGAAUAAAAGAGGCUUCAUAUUGUCAGAUGUAUGCAGACUCUUUCCUAGCAGAUGACUUCAUUGGGAAAAAUCAUUUAGAUGUCUCUCAUUGUGAAGAUGCUACUUCUGAAGAACACCCUAGCUGGGUGGAAGUGGGGGAACAAGUGUAUAUUGGUAGUAACAAGCCAGGAAUAGUAAGAUAUGUUGGUCCUGUUGAUUUUUCAUCUGGUACCUGGGUUGGAAUUGAAUUACAUUUUCAAACAGGGAAACAUGAUGGAACUGUAAAAGGCAGAGAGUACUUCCGCUGCAAACCACGACAUGGGGUAUUUGUUCGUCCUGAAUGUGUCACUAAAACACCAGCUCCAACAAAGAUAUGCAGUAGCAGUUCACGAUCUCAGGUAUCAUCCAGCAUGGACACACGGAAGAAUUCAGUUCUGCAGAAGUCACCCUCUUCCAAAGCAGAGGCAGAAUCCUUCUGUCAAUCAGGAGAUGCAGCAGCUUCUGCUUUUUCUAGAAAACAGGAGAUCAGGAAGUCUUGGAUUAACUGAAGCUGCAGUUUUGUUCUUGUUUUUGCACUUGCAGCACACAUCACUGUGUAGACAUAUUUUCAAAGUAUUUGUAUAGUUUUUAAUUUGUUACUGAAUGUUUGAGUCAUGGGCACAAUUCUCCGGUUCUCUUGAAAAAUAAGUAAUAUAUAUAUAUAUAUUGAGUGUGUAUCAUUUGCCUGCCUAAAGGCAAACAUGACUGCACACUAAAUUAAAGUCAGGCUGAAAUCCUAAAUUCUCUUACCUGGGAGUAAGCUCCAUUGAACUCAGUAGGUUUACUUCUGAAUUGAAAUGUAAAGGAUUGUGCUGUUUGUAAAUAAAACUAUGAGGUACUUGACAAUUUGCUACUUAACACAUUAGAUCAGGGGUCCCCAAACUACGGCCCCCGGGCCAGAUGCGGCCCAAUCGGCCUUCCAAUCCGGCCCGCGACGACCCCCGCCACCCGCUGCCGCCGCCCGCUCUCA